AUGGACAUCAAUUUUAAAGGACAGCGUGCUUUAGUGACCGGUGCGGGGAAAGGGAUUGGCCGCAGUACUGCUAAGAUGUUAGUUGAAUGUGGGGCUGAGGUCAUCGCCUUAUCACGAACCCAAGCAGACUUGGACAGCUUGAAAGAAGAGCAUGUAGCACCAUCUCAGCAGGCAGUACCACCUGAGCAGCUAGAAACACCCUCGCAGACAACACCAGCCCAACAGGCCGCACCAACCCUGCAGCCUGCAACCCCCCAGCAGGUGGAACAACCCCAGCAGACAGUACCACCUCAGAAGGCAGCAGAAAGCAAGCAGGCAGCACCACCCCAGCAGGCAGAACCACCCCUGCAGACAACACCAGCCCAAAUGGCAGCACCAACCCAGCAGCCAGCACCUCCCCAGCAGCCAGCACCACUCCAGCAAGCAGCACCACCUCAUCAGCCAGCAAUGCCUCAGCGGUCAACACCAACCCAGCAGGCAGCACCAUCCAAACAGCCAGUGCCACCUCCAAGGGCAGUGCCAACCCAGCAGGUGGCACCAUGCAGGCAGGCAGCACCUCCCCAGCAGGCAGCACCAACCAAGCAGCCAGCACCUCCUCAGCCGGCAGCACCAACCAAGCAGCCAGCACCUCCUCAACAGGCAGCACCACCCCAGCAGGCUGCACCAACCAAAGGGCAAGCACCACCCUGGCAAGCAGAACCACCCAAGCAGGCAGCGCCAACCCAGCAGGCAGCACCACCCAAGCAGCCAGCAGCU